AUGCCGAAUUUGAGAUUGCAGAAGCGUCUGGCUGCUGAUGUUCUGGGCGUCGGUCAGCGCAAGAUCUGGUUGGAUCCUAAUGAGACCACCCAGCUCAGCGAGGCUAACUCCCGUGUCGAGAUCCGCAAGCUUGUCUCCAACGGUUUGAUCAUUGCCAAGCCCACCACUGGCCACUCCCGCUCCCGCACCCGCAUUUUGCACGAGGCUAAGCGCAACGGUCGUCACACUGGUUACGGUAAGCGUAAGGGUACUGCUGAUGCCCGUAUGCCCUCGCAGGUCCUGUGGAUGCGUCGUCAGCGUGUCCUCCGCCGCGUUCUCGCCAAGUACCGCGAGGCUGGCAAGAUCGAUAAGCACCUCUACCACAGCCUCUACAAGCUGGCCAAGGGUAACACUUUCAAGCACAAGCGUGCCGUCAUUGAGCACGUCAUCAAGGCCAAGGCUCAGGCCGCCCGCGAGAAGAGUCUCAAGGACGAGGCCGAGGCCCGCCGUGCCCGUAACAAGGCCGCCCGUGAGCGUCGCCAGCAGCGCAUCAACGAGAAGCGCGAGGCCCUCCUCCAGGGUUAA